GCGCCGCGGGCUGGGCGCCCCCGCGCUCCCGGAGGGCCGCGGCGCUGAUGCCGGAGGGGCGGCCCCGGGCGUCUCCUCCCCCUUCCGGGCUCGGGCUGGCCGCCGCCGCCGCCGCCGCCGCCGCCUGGGGCGAGCGGGGAGCGCAGCGCCGGCGAUGAGCUAGGGGCGGGCCGGGCCGAGCCGAGCCGAGCCGAGCCGAGCGGCAGGCCCCGCUUCCGCCCUCCGCCCCGGGACCAUGCGGCUCCGCAUCUACAAGCGCAAGGUGCUGCUGCUGCUGGCGCUGCUGGUGGCCGCCUGCGGCCUGGCGCUCUGGGGCAGCCACGGCCGCCAGCGCAAGCCCGAGCCCCCGCGGGACCCCGGCGAGCCGCCCGCGCCCCGCGCCGCCAGCCGGGCCGCCGAGCUCGCCUCCGCCGCCGGCCGCCGGGCCGCCAACGCCUCGGCGCCGCCGCCCAAGGCCGAGCCGGCCAACCGGACGCUGGGCUUCCGCUCGCUCUUCUACCGGCUGAACUUCGACCAGCCCGUGCGCAACCUGGCGCGCUUCCCCCGCCGCCCGGCCGGCGAGCUGGUGCUGGUGGUGCAGGUGCACGAGCGGGCCGAGCACCUGCGGCUGCUGCUGGACUCGCUGCGCCGGGCCCCGGGCGUGGAGGACGCGCUGCUGGUGCUGAGCCACGACCUGUGGUCGGAGGAGCUGAACCGGCUGGCGGCGCAGGUGGAGUUCUGCCAGGUGCUGCAGAUCUUCUUCCCCUUCAGCACCCAGCUCUACCCGCGCGAGUUCCCCGGCCACGACCCCCGCGACUGCCCGCGCGACAUCGACAGGGCGGCGGCGCUGCGCCUGGGCUGCAUCAACGCCGAGUACCCGGACUCCUUCGGCCACUACCGCGAGGCCAAGUUCUCCCAGACCAAGCACCACUGGUGGUGGAAGCUGCACUUCGUGUGGGAGCGGCUGCGGGCGCUGCGGGAGCACCCGGGGCUGGUGCUCUUCCUGGAGGAGGAUCACUACCUGGCCCCCGACUUCUACCACGUCCUCAAGCAGCUUUGGGCGCUGAAGCAGCGGGAGUGCCCGGAGUGCCAGGUCCUCUCCCUGGGCGGCUACAACGUGGUGCGGGGCGGCUUCUCCGGCAAAGCCGACAAGGUGGAGAUGAAGACGUGGAAGUCCACCGAGCACAACAUGGGCAUGGCCUUCAGCAGAGACACGUACCAGCAACUGAUCGAGUGCACGGAUGCCUUCUGCACGUACGACGACUACAACUGGGACUGGACGCUGCAGCAUUUGACUAUCUCUUGUCUUCCAAAGUUCUGGAAAGUGCUAGUUCCCGAAAUCCCCAGGGUUUUUCAUACAGGGGACUGUGGCAUGCACCACAAGAAAUCCUGCAGCCCAGCCACCCAGAGUGCCAAAAUCGACUCGCUCUUAAGCAGCAACCAACAGUUCCUGUUUCCUGAAGCAAUGAGUGUCAGUAAAAGGUACUCCAUGGCCCCUCUCUCCCCUCACGUGAAAAACGGAGGGUGGGGAGAUAUUAGAGACCAUGAACUCUGUAAAAGUUAUCGCAGACUGCAGUGAAAAUCAAACUCUCAAAUAGCCUCUCUUUUGAAUUAUUCCACACUGUCUUAUGGACAAAAGUGUAUUAAAGGGGUUUCGGGAUUGGUUUCUGCUUUAAGAUGAAUAAACAUUCUUGUAAAAGGUG